GCGCUCUCGAAGGAGAUUGUCUCGUGUCGUGGUCGUGUCGUGUUAUAAUGCGAAACGCACGUUAGCCUGAUACGUGUCUCGUGUUUCGGCAGCAACCUGUUAUCUCGUACGUGUGCUCCGGUUUGUAUUAUACGAUACGGUGUCGUUGACGACGCCGUCGCCACCGUCGUGGAGUAGCAGAAGGCCUGCCUGCCAGCCCGUUUCGUUCUAUCGUCGUUAUUGGCGACGGCUGUGCGCGAGGAUGCACGUUCAAAACAAACCCCCGUCGGUGAACCGGGGUCGAUAAUUUCCAUCGCGUUAUCAUAGCGAGACGAGGCGUUGUCGCGAUGCUCACCGUCUACGAUUAUCACGAAGGGCAGUUCCGUUUCAAUACCCGUGACCAAUGAGAUUAUUGGGAGAAACACCGAGGGCAAAGAUAAUAGCAGCACUGUUGCUCCUACGCGUUCUUGGACUUAGGAGUCUUCGACCGACGGUUUCUAUGAUACUAUUAUCAAUUCCUUUCUUUGGAGCAACGUUUUCGUGCUGAAAUCGUUCCCUGGGCAUAUUCCGUUAACGUUAUAUUAACCGAAUGUAUCCGGCGAGGAUUUCGAAGAAUCACGAGUAUGGCGGGUACGGAGACGAGCCACGACGUAAAAGAGAAGACAAUAACAAACCCAAUCACGUUCUCCUCUUCACAAUUAUCAACCCGGUCUACCCCAUCACUGUGGAAGUAUUACACACGAUCAGUGCACCCAGCGGGCAAGUUCAGCGUAUCGUCAUCUUCAAGAAGAAUGGCGUUCAAGCGAUGGUGGAGUUCGACUCGGUGGAAUCGGCAACCAGGGCGAAGGAGACACUUCACGGAGCAGACAUAUACUCUGGUUGUUGCACACUCAAGAUCGACUUCGCCAAGCCAACAAAGUUGAACGUUUACAAAAAUGACGCCGAGAGCUGGGACUACACGACACCAACGUUGGGAUCGAGUGCACACAAAAACGACGCAACCGGAAAUGGAAGACCGGCACCCCUGUUGGCAGAGCCCAGAUACGGCGCCGCACCCCAGCCAUACGGUUCCACGCCACAGGUAACUUUUCCCCCGGGUGCCGGCCACGAUCGUUACGAGGAGAAUUUCAAUGGUCCAGCAACGUAUGCGGAGCCGUACGUUGAGCGUUACGGUAUUAAGAGUGAUUUUAGCGGUCGAGAGCCUUUGCAUCCCACACCACCUCGGCCUGGUUACGUACCCACCUUGGGACAAACACCACCCUCGAGCACACAGGGCUCUGUGAUGAUGGUUUAUGGUUUGCAACCGGAUAAAGUCAACACCGACAAGCUGUUCAACUUGUUCUGCCUCUAUGGAAAUGUAACGAAGGUGAAGUUCUUGAAGACGAAAGAGGGAUGCGCGAUGAUACAGAUGGGCGACAGCAUAGCCGUGGAACGGUGUUUACAGAAUCUGAACAACGUGACGAUCGGGACGGACGGCAGGUUGCAGCUCGGUUUCUCGAAACAAGCUUUCCUCUCGGACGUCACCAACCCCUACAUUUUGCCCGACAAGACAGCGAGCUUCAAGGAUUUCACGGGAAGCAAGAAUAACAGGUUCCUUAACCCCGCAAUGGCCAAUAAAAAUAGAAUACAACCACCCUCGAAGAUCGUUCACUUUUUCAACACACCCCCAGAUUUAACCGAAGAAACCGUACACCGUGUGUUCGUUGAACGUGGAAUUGAAGCACCCACGACAGUGAAAUUGUUCCCCUUAAAAUCGGAACGAUCGUCGUCCGGCCUUAUCGAAUUCAGCAGUGUCGGUAUCGCGGUAGCUGCCAUCAUGGAGUGCAAUCACACAGCACUGGAAAACAGCAACGGCAAAUUCCCGUACAUAAUGAAGCUGUGUUUCUCCUCAUCGCGCACCAUACCCACGAGUUUCCCGCCCAGCAGCGGCAGCACGUCGAGCAAUUCCGCCGGUAAUGGGCACGUCAAAAUGCAGCAGGACUCGGAAUAGAACGGCGAGGUCCAGGGCCAGCAGCGUCAGCGUCAGCGCCAGCGUCCCUCUCUCGCCCUGCACCCGUUGUGUGCCCCGACGGGCACGGCCCUGCACCCAGCCGCAGCGAUAACACUAUCCCCGGUAUUACCGCCACCUGUGCCGCCUCCAUUGCCGCCUACCUGCGUCCUGAUCGCCACGCCGACACUAUAUCCAACCGUGCCACCGCCGCCACCGCCUCCGUUGCCUACAUUCUGGCCGUAUUGAUGAGAGGAGCAGGCCUACAUGGAGGACGAGCCGAUACCCAGAGGGAUGGUCUCGUCGUCAAUUUUAUUCAUCUACUCCUCGCCUCCUGGUGGACUGGCCGAAGGAUCACAGACGCUGGUCGCUGGAAGUGUAUCGGUUGGCUCGAGGAUCAAUGCCGGACAGCUCGGCCUCGAGAGUCGAGGACCAACGAGAUUAUCAGUGUUUCAAGAAAUCACGGAAGAUGACGUAGUUGGCACACGGUACGGAUCAAGGUACUGUUCGAAGGUCAUCGAGGAUCGUCAGACGGAACAGCCGAGAAGCAGCGAUGUUUACGAUCAACACUUUGUUCUAUUCAUUUUUUCUCCUCUUCCUCCUCCCCAUCCUCCUCCCAUUCUUCUUCUUCUUCUUCUUCUUCUGUCUGUUGUUUCUUUUAUUCUUGUGUUACUUUGGCGAGGUCCGGGUAUACGUGCUUACCCCGUUCGAAGCCGUACGCCACAAGUGUCAGUAUUAUGCCGAGGCGGAUCUUCUCGUCGACAGACACCAAGACGGCAGAGAGAGAGAGACUGUGCUCGCGAGACUGAGAGGAUUCGCUUCAUCGUUCUGUCCUUCUGUCGGACACACGAGGAUUGUACAUAAUGUUCGAGGGUGGAGGCCCGCCGUCUGAAUGGGAAUCUGCCGUUAAUUGGCAAGGAUUUACAUAUCAAGGGCCGGGCAAAACGAUACCUAGUACGCUUCACGGGUAACCAUCGUCGCGUUCGCUUAUUAUUACCUUGGCCGUAUCUCUUCACCGCCCCCCCAUCCCCCCGAUGGUUUCACCGCGAAACAAAAUACGGUCCCGGUGUUUGCGACGAACCGUUCUCCUCGUUUGUUCGUUCUUCGUGGCACGCCAUUUUCGGGUUCGUUUCGUGGCGAGGCCAGAAGACACCUACGCGAUCUCGAUGCCGAUGCGCACCCGCAUUCCUCGUUGACCAUUUUAUCAUGGGAUCCAAUAAAUCGGAGGUUCCUCAUUGACCAUUAGAUGCUACACACCGGAUACAAUUAUCUCGAGAGUGUUCAGAGGAUCUGAAUCAAUCGUGCACGCGAAAACAAAAAGUAAAAAUCGUGUGAUUUUUAAGGAAGAAAAUAGAGAAUCCGACUCGCGAGAAUCUUUUCUUUUGCUCUACGGCAAAGUGAACGAAAGCUCUGUCGUCUGUCCGUUGUUUUAUAUACUCUGUACGUGUAUAUAUUAUAAUAUCGAUAUCUAUACAUGCACUUCGAACAAAUAUCUAUUUAUGUUUUCACGUUGUUCAGAUUUUAUUUUACAACGCUUGGAAUUGUGCUCCGAGAAAGUGUGAGAGAUCGUGUGUGCGCGCGCGCGUGUGUGUUCAUGGGGGUGUUAGUUUUUUUUCGGGCGUCGAAUCUCUAAUACUUCGAUUUAUCUGCUCGCGAUUCGUCUCGAAAUGUCGCUUCUUCUUUUCGCGUCGCACGAGGAAGCUUCUCGCGAGUCUAGGUUUUCUUUUCGGAUAAGAAAGAAAGAGAGAAAGAGAGAGGGGUGAAAAAUCGGUCCCUGCUGCGUGUUUGUGGAUUCGAGAUUCGUUUAUUGUCCCCUGCUCCAUCGAGAGGGGAACAGAAACGAACGAUCGAGGGGGGUAACGUUCCCUCAGAGCUGUAGUGUUCAGGUUGCGACGAUGGACUCGGUACAAUUUAUUUAUUUAUUUGUUUCUUUCUUCUUUUUUUUUUAAGAGAGAUGAACGGACGAGCAACCGGAAAAGCUUAAUAUUCCCACGAAAUAAAACGCCAGUACACUAUUGAUCAGAUCGCGGACUGUGAAUUGAAUUUUAUAUUGAAGACAAUGAAAAAUCGACGACACACAAUAUAUUAGUGGUCCCUCGGCAAUAUUUUGUCGGGCCGCGGGACGUUUUUAUAACGAAAGGUUUUAGAUCUCCGAUUUGAAAAAAAAAAAAAUGAAACAAGCGACAAAAUAUGCUAAAAAUAAUAAUAAUAAUAUUAAUAACGAUAAAAGGAUAAAGGAAGUAACGAGUUGUGUGUGUUUGUUUUUUCUCGAAGCGAACCAAAUGAACUACUAAAAAAUAAAUAAUAUUAAAUAGAGAGACUUUACUCGGCCAUACGUAACGUAAGAUAAUAAGGAACAAGAUUUAAACAAAACAAAAAAAGGGUCUAAAACACGCGUUGGUUACCCUUUCUAAAAUGCCUGUGUGCGAGAGAGAGCGAGAGAGAGAGAGAGACCUAAAGAAGAAUGAGAAUUAUAACUUAAAUAAGGGGAAUUUAAAAAAAAAAAAUAAGAAGUGUUUAUAUUUGAGGCAAUAUUUGUUACAAUACAGCUAGAGCAUAAGUUGUAUAUCAUUUUAAGGGGCUCAGUAUAUAAAAAGCGAUGAUCCUUGCUGAUUACAGACAUAACACACGUGAGAAUAUAAAAAAUGAACAACAUGCAAAGUGUAACGAAAGGAUACACGUUGUACGUUGAUUAAUUAGCAAAAAGUUUCUUCUUGCAAGAAACUUAUCAAUCGUAGAGUGAUAUAUAUGUAUAUAUAUAUCUAUAUGUGUGUAUAUCAACGCGAGAAUAACACAAAGGUACUAAGCUAAGGAAUUAAGAAAAACCGCGGAUCAAUAAUAAUUCGUUUACACUCUUUUUCUUUCUUCUAUUUCUUUCAAUUUUUCUUUCUUUCGAUAUUCGCGUUCGGGAGGACUGAAUAAUUAUCGUUACAUCACAUUCUCGUACUUUUUUUCUUGUAUUAAAAUGAUUCUUAUUAAUAUUAUUAUUAUUAUUAUUACUAUUAUUCGUCGUUUCUAAUGUGUAACCAUAUACAUAUAUAUAUAUGUAUGUGCGAGGGGAAUAAGUUCACACUAGGAUACGUCACUGUUUUUAUCCUCGAAGGAUUUCGUUUUAAAUUUAGCGAGCAGGACCUAAAGAAUUGAGAUGAAAAUAAAAAAGAAACGCGUGAAGUAGAUAAUAAGCAGAUAGGAGUCUUGUAAUCAUAUCAUAAAAUUUUGUAGAUAUUAACAUAUUACAUGUGAUCCGCGAGAGUACGGCGUUAUUUAAAUCCAAGAGUGUAUCGUCUCGCGAACUCGCGUGGUAGAAGAAGAAAAAAAAAGAAAGGAAUUUAUGCUCGAUUUUUAGAUGAUAAGAUCAAACGCAGAGUUUCGAUGAUUUUAGGUCUCGAUCAAAGGAUCCGAUUCCUCGAGAACGAAUCUUCUUCUCCCUCUUCUUUUUUUUUUUCUCUCCACACACACACACACACACGUUCAUACGCUUCUGCGUACCUUGUGAUAAUGCAUUCGUAGUCGUUACGUUGCCCAUUCCUAAUUGAUAUAUUCCACGGUGACGAUGAGAAACGAGCGACAAGGCGGGCAAAAGUCGGUGGACGAAGGUAGACGAUACGUUCUCGAGGAAUUCCAUCCGAACUCCCAACCCGAUCAGAAUCACCUAGGUACACCUCCAACCGGAGAACAAACUAUAGAUACAAGAAAGAAUGGAGAAACUUUAAUUAAAAAUGAAAAAGAACAAAAAAAAUAAUAUUGUAUUUGAGAGGUCAAGCACGCAUGCCAGACUGUCGCUUAUUUUCUGACACUUUACCUGUAACAUGAUGACCGUGUGGCAAAUCUUACGCUAGUAUAUAUAUAUAUAUAUAUAUGUGUAUAUAUAUACAUUAACAACGAACACGUUCGCGGACACACGUUUCCACGUGCUCUGUGUAUUUCUAUGUGUCACACCAAAAAGACAAAACCACCCACAUGUGUGUUACUUCUCGAUCCUCCUCUCGUAUGUUUCGCGACGAACAGAGGUGUCACGGUUUUACAUUCUUUACAUUUAGCUCUUCCCCACCGUCGUAAGUUGUUCCGUGAUCGAUUAGAAUGAUUCCUAAAUUCAUCUAGAGUCUAGAUCCUAGAUCCUCCGUGUUUAAAAAAAAGAAAAAAGGAACCGUGUGUAUCGUGAUUUCCUCGUGCAACGCGAAGGGGAUCGAGGAUCCACCUUCGCGGGGUAGAUAACGGUUUCUAAGCUGCUUGUCUCUCGCCUAGAUCGACGGCGGAAGGGUUAAAUUUAAAGACGACAAUUUAUAAACGAUCCCUGACCGCCUGUUCCAUCGGAGGACGACGAGCUUCUGUAAAAAGCUCGACUUUUUGGUCGCCUAGUGUUCUGGACGACCCUGAUAUCGUUUGCAAAGAUGUUCCGCGUCGCAUCUAUUCUUUCGGCCCUUCCUCCAAUGUACAUAGCUUUCUUGUUCGCUCUCUGUGCGUGUAUGUGUGCAUGUGUGGGUGUGUGAACUCGUUACGCGAACACGUAGGCACGCUAAUGAUCGUUGUUUCAUUUACUUUUCUCCUUGUUUUUUUUUCUUUUCUCUCUCUCUUUUUCCAUGGACGACUAAAGUGUACAAAGGAAAACGUCGAUGUUGUCCAGAACACGGGUCCUACGUGUAUGAAUGUGUGUAUGAGUGAGCGAGCGAUCGUCCUCCGACAAUGGGCAUGGAACAGAGAGAGAUUCUUCUUAUAUGUACAAAAAUCAAAUUGUAAUUGUAGAGUGUAGAGAGUCUGUAACGGUACAGUAUUCCAGGUAGCGUCUAAAUAGCACUGUGUUAACACACCGACGAAUAAGCAAAACAUAUUAUUAAAAAGAAGAAAAAAAAAAUAAUAAUAAUAAAACUACAGAGAUAAUUACGUCAGCAUACGAAACUCGAGGUUGUAAAGAGAGCGCGAGUUUGAUAAUUAAACGAAUCGAGGAAAAAAUAUGAAGAAAUUGAAACGAGGUGAAAGCAGUUCGUUUUUUCGAAUCUUGAAACACGAUAAUACAUAUCCCAUCUUGUAUGUAUAUAUUUGCAGUUUUUUCCCCAUGUGAAACAUUUUCAAUGAAAUCUCGACGAUCGAUUCUGUAAUUAUGAUUGAUUAGUAUUAUCGCGACUUAACGACGAUGUUGACGAUUUAACUAUUAUUAUUAAUUAUUGAUUCUUAAUUAUUAUUUAUGGUUGGCCGAUUUUGUGAAAAUCGCAACGAAUUAAGUAAUGUUACAACCGACGAUCGACAUUGCGUUUAAAAGCGUUAGGUUUAAUGUUUGUAGUUAGGUAAUGUUAGGUAGAUCGGAGAGUAGGUACAUAUCGUUAAUAUUGUUAUCGAUUAAUAGUAUUGCGAAGAGGAAAAAAAAAAAGAAUAAUGAUACGAAAAAAGGUAUUACUGCCGGGCGCGCUUUGAUUUCUUUUGUACCUGAAGUGGCUCGAAUUUACAACAUUCGCGAGAUCCUUGCGAUACUGAACAUUUUCCAAAAGUAUGAGAUUAAACAAGUAUCUGAACGACGUCUCGAACAAGUAUCGUCGCGAUCUCGCGUUAAAUGAUUACUUUAAACGAAGAAAAAAGAAUAUUAUAUUUUUGUGCACCGAAUCGCAUCCGAUGCCGAGCGAACCCGAAGCUAAGAGAAAUAUCUUUUCAAGUAUUAUCUAUUCUACGUUGAUAAUAUCACACGUAUAGCUUUCGAAUAUCGCUGCCUAAUAAUUUUUAUUUUUCAUCGAACAUCUUCGGGUGUCGCGAGGCAUCGCGAUGCGGGAUAACGUAGGGCGAAGACAAAAUAAAUCAAAGCGCGGUAACCUUUUUAGCGAAACCCUUCUUCCCCUCUAAGUAUUACCGAGCAACAUAUACCUGUCCCACAUAUCAGAAUCUUACGUAUCCCACGCGUCAUAUCAAUGUUUCUAAGCGUUAGCCCUAAUGUAUCCUUUUAAUCAUUUGUCCCCGAAAUCCCUUUGUCCCUUUAUCGGGGGUGAAAUUUGUAUCCCAUGAAAAUUUACGCUGUACCAACCCUGUCCCCGAUCCUUGUUCAUCCCUUGUCCCGAUAAAAAAAAAAUGAUCCACCUCGUUAUUGUACAUCUGAGCCAGAAGGGUCUCUAUGCUCUGUCUUCCCAUCGCUGCGUCAAAAGACAAACUAGAUGUAAUAAGAUUUGUUGACUGUAUACAUUAUUAUACAUUGAUUGUACACGAAUCAGCAACAUCACACACCCACGAAUACUCGAUGUCACACGGACACACAUUUACACAUAACAAGGGACACUAUCUUCCAGCCACUGCGUCAAGAUAGACCAAAAUGGAUCGGUAAUGCUGAUCGUCCUAAGAGAUAUUAUUUUAUUAUUGAAAUAAAUUUGGGAGGAUACGUGGAUCGUUGCGAUUUUAGGGUCGAUACAGAGGGUGAGGAGGUUGAGUCGCUUUCGUACAAAGAUUCGUGAUUUUUAGAAUGGAAAUUUUCAUUUGGGGAUGAUGAAAUUUUAACCCUCGAGAUUUUCUCAUUAGAUGAAUUUGAAAUUUAGAUCGUUAUAAGGGUGAUUUUAGUAUAUUGACUGCCAUAUGUGGGAUUUCCUUAGGAAUCCAUAUUAGAUAUUAGGAAUUUUUUAAAUUGUCUAAUUAAGUGCUUUAAAUUUUGAGUAGAAAACCUUCAGCAUCACAGUGGGUGUUUUGAUUUUUAAUAUAUUGAUAAUUUUUUAAGUUUGAAAGUUUUUGAAAUUGAAAUUUUAGCACUGUUGCCUUGAACAUUUCUGUGAUGUUUUUCGUUUUAAUAAGUUAUAAUAAAACUAUCGUUUUAUGCAUUUAAAAUAGAAAAUUUAAUUAUGCUGUGUGGGGUCUGAAAUCGCUGAGAAUAAAUUUCCACGAAGUUGAGAAUAUUUAUCCUGGAUACUCCAGGGAGAUUCUGUGCUUCUUGAAGAAGUUUUAGUCGCAAAAUUUCUAUGAUCGAUCGAGCAUUAGCCGUCCAUAAUUAGCCUGUGAUGUCGCAGGGGCCGUUCAUUCGGUACACUAGCUUCAGAUACGACACGUUAGAAGCGAUCGUAGACAUUUUACACAUCGUGGCCACACCACCGGUGACAGACGAAGAUGACACACAACCAUCCCAAGAUUAAAUUUAAAAGAAAAAAAAAAAAAAGAAAGAAAGAAAAAAAUAAACACAGGAGACACAGACACACAUCCAGCAUAUGAUUACUCUUUAAACGAAUAACAAAAGGAUAAAAACAAAAAAAAGUAAUAAUAAUUAAUGAUGUAAUGUGUAUAUUAAUACUUGUAUGUCGUACGCUCUAAUGUUGUUUGAAGAGUUAUUUGCGAGUCAAUUAUCUGUGCCUAGCAGCCCUGUGCACCCUAUCAAAUGUACCACCGUUCAGAUGAAAAAUUAAAAAAAUAAUAAUGGGAAAAAAAUAACAGAGUGAAAGAUACUGAUUGAACCAAAAAAAAAAAAAUAUAUGUAUAUAUAUAUAUACAACAGCAUCAAACAAAAAAUAAAUACGAACGAACACACAUACAUACAUACGCCGAAGAAACGAGCAUAUAGAUGUGUAGUUUCGAGCAGACACAGUGUUACGAGGUACACUCGUGUGCUUUUCACCAACAAAACAACAGUAACAACAUAUUACAAAAAAAAAGAGCAAAAGAAAAGUGAACGACAAAAAAAAAAUAAGAACGAAUUCAAACCAACAAACACAUGAAAAUGAAAGAUGAAUUAAAAAAAAAAAAGACAAAAACAAGCAACUUGCACCCUGUAUACAUAGUUCGCACAAUGAUCUGUUCCUAUUUUGGAAUCAGUUUUUUUCGAAUUUGCCAAGGAAUGUAUAUCUACAGAUUCUAUAUGAAAAAAAAAAAGAUACGAAAUAUAUAUAGAAAAAAAAAAAAGUGAUUAUGAAAUAUAAGCAUUGAAAUCCAUCAGUUCUGGAAUUGUUACCCUUCCGCAAUCGUGUGUUGUUGCCAAUCGCGUCUCUCCUGUCGUCUGUGAUCCGAAACGAUCCACAGAGCGAGAGAUAGAAUCGCAUACGAGGAUUGAUAAAAAUUCACUCGUUCGUAAUUCGCUUUAUUCGAGCUAAUUAGCUGAGCCUAAUCGUACGUGAUACGUCCGCUUCGUUUCGUGCAACCCUCUUAGUAGUCGCGCGACAUCCGCUCGCGACUAUGACGACGAUCAUUGCGAUCGAAGGUCCACUAGAACGGUUGUCAUGAUUAAAGAGAUCACAGGGAAAAGGAAAUAGAGAACAGAAGGCACGUGAGAGAGGGUGUUACAGCUCGUUUCUAGUGGCGACUUUUUCGACGACUUUGUACGCGUUUUUUCCGCUCGACACCGAGCAACUCUUUCAGGGUACCACUUUGUAAAGAACGUUCGUUGAACGUUACAUAGCGCAACGUGAUUUUUUGAACCAAAAAAAAAAAAAAAAUAAAUAAAUAAACGAACAAAAGUAAUAAUAGUGAAAGUUCGAGAUAGAUCUCGCGAUUUUUUCUCGCUCGAUUCACAGAUUAAUUAACAGAAACAACAAAGAGGCAGACAAUUAAAUGAAAAAUAUACGUAGACCGUCACACACUGAACACAACAGCACAACCACCACGAUCCACGCAUAUCCAUAUUUAUAUACGAUUAUUAUGUAUACGUGUGUAUGUGUAUCAAUCACCGACAACACUCACCUGUUUCGUUGUUGUGCGACCAUCGUACCACCAUACAUGAUUAAACGUUGCAGAAGUAUGCGGGACGCUUGUACACACGUGUGUUGAACGAAUUCAAUUGAACAAAUAUAAUUCAGAACACUUGAGAAAUCGGUGCACGCUUCUUGCUCUCUGUUCGCGCUGCCAGCAAGGUUUAAUAAUAAAUUGCGAGAUUUCUUAUUCUUUAUUUGCUACGAGAGGAAGUAGUUUAUUUUAUAGUAUAUAUUAGUUUAGAAUUAAAUUUGUUAAUUGAAUUAGGAAGCAUUCAAGUUUAUUUUCCAGGGUAAAUAUUUGACUGGUAUUAUUGUUUAUUAUAAAAUCAAAUUAGUUGAAUUUAUUGUCUUAACUACCCUCAAUUUGACAACUUAAAUUGAAAUCAUAUAAUCAGAGUCAUUAGCAUAAAUUAGUAGAAUUAAUAGAGGUCUGAUUACUGAAAAGUUUGCCCUAAUUUUUCUUCUACAAAAGAAACUGUUAAACCUUGCUACACAAACGCGACCAAAACCACCCUUUUUCGCAAUCAACCCCAUUCUAUUUCUUUUCUUUGUAACGUCGUCAGUGAUUAACAUUCUGGAAACACGAAAAAUGGAAAUAAAAUAUCGUGUACUCUAACGAUCCGUACUCGUGAUUAUGAUUCACCUGGUGAAAUAGUGGGCGAUCGAUCUCAGAAGGGGUAGAACUCGCGGAGGGUUGAACAGAGAGGCGAAAAGCGUUCCGAAUGAAUCGGUUAACGUUUGUAGAAGCGACAGGUUGCAAGGGACACGAUAGAAAGCAUUUGAAACAAAUAAUAGGGAGAACAAUGGGUUACUAAUGGAGAACAUCGAGCACAGAGGAAUAAUUACACAGAAAAAAAAGAGAGAGAGAGAGAGAGAGAAAGGAGAGGAGUGAAAGUGUUUGAUAGAAUGAGAGGUAGAAUGAGAGAGAGGGAGAGAAAGGAGAUUAGGUGGAGACUUGAGAGUGAAAGAAAAGAAAAUUUCAAAUAAAAAUAAUAAUGAAAGGAAUAUUGAAGAGAGCACACUCACUGAGCGCCGCUAGUAAAAGACAUGGUAGGCUAUUAUUAUCGCUAAAUUAGUCGCUAGCCGAUAGUGAUGUAGUUUACCCUUUAGAGUUAUUUUAAGUUCUUAAUUAUAAUAUGGUUACUAUUAAAUUUAUUAUCGUAUCACAUUACACACUGUAACACUUCUAUUAUAUAAUAACAAGAAAAUAUUUACCUGUGCAUAUUGACAUAUUAAUGGAGUCACAUCAUUAAAACAUAUACUUACUCAAUA